UUUUGCUUGAGCCACGAAAUAGUCUGGUAUUUUUGAGAGGUCCCACUAAGUGCAGCAUAUAUAUAAGUGCGUUUCAUCAUCAGAUUUGUCGUAGAUCGAACUGCUAUCAGCAAGUGCUAUCAACUGCCAGAAACGGAGCCACAAUCACACUGUCAGCCCUUGUGCAAUCGUCGACUUAGGCCGCGUAGGCCCAUCGGAGCGGACCAGGUUGGAGGCACUUGCUCGAUAUCGGGAUUCGGGUCCGGAAGAUAGGCUGAGCCUGAGGCAGAGCCUCCUUGUUGCUGCCGCGUUCGCAAAGGACUCAAAAUUGAUAGAAACAACAAAAAGGUUGCUGCAACUGGUGCCUCUUCCGAGGACCAGCCGCCGCGCAAAAAGGGUCGUCGCUCAGGAGGCUCAGGCUCCACAUCGUCAUCUGCCGUAUCCGCUGCAUCAGGAGCAAUAGAUGCCGCAUCUACGUCACGAGCAGCCCAGCAGUUACAGAACCAAUUGAACACCUCUUCUUCGACAGGCACUAGCACGGAAAUAUCAGGAAAUCAAAGCAGAGGUCAGAGAAAAUCGAUAGACAGCAACAAGAGACCACGGGAUCACAGCAACAGCAAUACACCAGGCUCCGAAGCAAACAUGCAGAGCACCACUUCCACAUCGAGCGGCUCCUGCUCCAGACCUCUGGAGAGUUCCGAACUCAAUUCUGGCGGCAGUGCUGAGAACGUAACACGCGAAGGCGCCGGUAGUGGCGAAGACAGCGUUGGUAUCGGGGAUGAGAAUCCCUCGGGUAGCAGCGCAGCCACCAAUGGACACGACUCUAAGCACAAUGGCUUUGUCGUCAAUAACAACGGAAGCAGCAGUCGCGUCGUCGACGGUGAAAACAAUCGGGAAAACUCCAGCUAUAGCGGCGUGCAGCUUGACAAGUCCAACCAGGAGAUCAUUCGAUUGAUUGGGCAGUUUCUGCACGACGUGGGCCUCGACAAGUCGGUCCAGACGCUCAUGGUUGAGUCGGGGUGCUACUUGGAACAUCCCUCAGCCACCAAAUUUAGAGAACAUGUUCAUAUGGGUGACUGGUCAAAGGCUGAUUCAGACCUUAAGGACUUAGAGCCAUUAAUCGAUAAUGGUAAAUUGGCAACGAUCACCGAAAUGAAGUUCAUAUUGCUGGAGCAAAAGUAUUUAGAGCAUUUGGAUGAUGGCAAUCCUUUGGACGCCCUGCACGUCCUUCGCAGCGAGCUAACGCCCCUGCAGCACAACAUAUCGCGUGUGCACCAACUUUCCUCGUACAUGAUGUGUUCCACCAAUCAAGACCUUUACCAGCGUGCCAAGUGGGAAGGUAAGGGCAUCUUGUCGCGGGCUUUGGUCAUGGAACGCCUGCAGAAAUUUAUGCCCCCGUCGGUAAUGAUGUCGCCGCGACGCCUGCGAACCUUGCUGCAGCAGGCCGUAGAGCUACAGAGCCAGCACUGCCCCUGUCACGACAUGGCGUGGGAAACGAACCUGAGGACAGUAUCUCUGCUCACCGACCACUGUUGCACCACGGACGGAUUUCCCAUGCAGACCAUCCAGGUCCUAACCGACCACUGUGACGAAGUCUGGUUCUGCAAGUUCUCGCCCGACGGCCUUAAAUUAGCUACAGGAAGCAAGGACUCCACUGUGAUUAUCUGGGAUGUUGAUCCGUACAAGCUUACUCUUAAACACCGCCGUGUUCUUGACGGCCAGGCUCAGCUUAGCGUAAGCUUUGUCAGCUGGAGCCCCGACUCCAAGCUCAUCCUUGUCGGCGGCACCGAGGAUUCCCACGAGCUAUACAUCUGGAACGUGGAUGACGGCAAGCUCGUAGUGAAGUUUUCGCAGUCGCUGGAAGACAGCCUUGCCUGCGGAGCUUUCAGUCGAGAUGGUUCUCGCUUUGUCUGCGGCGGACAGAAGGGUCAGCUUUAUUUGUGCGACCUCAAUGGAACCAUUGUGGACUCCUGGGAGGGAGUGCGCGUCAACAGUAUAGCUUUUCGGGCGGACAACAAAACUAUCUUAGCGGCCGAUAAUCACUACCGUAUCAGAGGGUACAACUUUGAUAGUCCACGUUCAGAUUUUGAUAUUCUGAGGGAACCACAUCCCAUUAUGACCUUCAGCAUUAACUCGGCCGAUCGCUUGGCUCUGCUGAACGUCUCCAACCAAGGCCUUCAUCUCUGGGACAUUGAGGACAAGUGCCUGGUGCGUCGUUUCCAGGGAAUUCGACAAAGCAAUUUUGCCAUUCACUCUUGCUUUGGCGGCGUCAACGAGAGCUUCGUGGCUAGCGGCAGUGAGGACAAGGUUGUCUACAUUUGGCACAUCAAGCGCGAGGAGCCUCUAGCCAAGUUGGCCGGGCAUACCAAGACGGUCAACUGCGUCUCCUGGAACCCCGUGUACCCGUCCCUGCUGGCCAGCGCCAGCGACGACGCUACCGUGAGGAUCUGGGGACCAAAGCCAAACGGCAGCAGCGCAACGACUGAGAGUGACGACUGCUCUUCUAGCUCGUCUUCAUCCUCGUGGAAUAUGACUUAAGAUCGUGGGCCGUAGCAAAAGAAUGUUCGUGGGGUAGAUAUUGGAUGCUGAUUUAGUUAUAGUGCGCCUUGAUUUCGAUAUAAAUGCAGAAUGCAUCUCGUUCUAAUUGCGCGUCGGUGUCGUCGUUGCUACAAACUGCCAUUACAACAAUAUGUAUGAGCAGCAUGACUUACGAUUAGCAUUAAUUACUUAAGUACAUUCAUACGAAAGGAGAGGCAUAACAUCAUAUCUACUAUGCUAUAACAAGAAAUCAAUUUGUUCUCAGAUUUCUUUUUUAUGUAUGUAUAUGGAAAUGCAAAGUAAUUUUCUCGGUCUAUAUAAGCGAAUCUUCUCGACCUUUUCAUUUAUCAAAAGUAAAAUCGACCUGCUUUGUCUUCAAAUUAUAAACUAAUUAUUGCCAUUUGAUUUGUUCUAUGCAGUUUCCGACAUUUAGUAUGUAACACGAUUUGACGUAUUUCAUAACCAACAGACACAAUAAAAAUAGUACUAUAUAUGUUUUUAAAAUGUCGAUGUUUCCUUUCGAUUAUCCUGGGUCUUAAACAAUCAAUAAAAUUUGAGUGAAAAUUAA